AUGUACAUCCGCAUCAAGCGGCGAAAGCAGACGUUCUUCAUUUCCUGCGCGCCGACGGACUCGAUCCUCGAAGUCAAGAACAAACUGCAGCCCCUGAUUGACCUGCCCCCACAAAACAUUCAGCUGAAAAAGAACGAUCUCCUGCUCGAGGACGCGAAGUUCAUCGGCGACCUGCAAGUCGUCAACGACGACAUCAUCGCCAUGUCGUUGCUCAAGGAGGACGGCGAGUGGGACGAGCCCGCCAUCGUGAUGCCGGGCGCGGAGCAGGGCGAGCAGGAGGACGGAGAGCCCCCAUCAUGA